AUGACGAGAUUACUCUUACUGAUUGCGCUUCAAUCUUCCGUCACCGCUACGCCGAUGAAAAAGAAUCCUUGCUCGAAAAAGCUUUGCCAAAAUUGCUACUACAUGGUUCAAGUGGAGAAAGUAAGCCACAAGCAGUGCCUACAGUUGCUCAACAUGCAAGGCUGCUGUACUCCAUUCCUGCACAUUGGUGGAAUGUUUACGGUUCAAAAGGACAAAUGCGGCAAUCGCAUCCAACCCGUUGCAGUCGAAAUCCCGCUCUCAGAAGUUGAUCUAAGAGGCAUGACACGAAUCACAGGCGACCAAAUGUCCGAGGAAGUCGAAUUACUCCUCGAAGAAAACGAAGACGAGCUUGAGGAACGGCCCGCUGAGGUUCAGUGCGCUCAAAACCUCGAAGCGGCUUCAAAUAUCAUUAUCGCUGGAGUUGCUGUGUUCGUUGCAAGUGUUGGUGGAGCGAUGCUGUACUUGAAUAGACAAUACAACAAGCGCGAGUUAAAGUUCAAACGACUACGCAGUCAAAAGCAAGACAAAACCAAGCAACGAAGUUCCAGCUCGAUGAUCGGAUCAGUCGCCAUCGGCAGCACAAUCCCUCUUUUAGCUUCGGAAAACAAGGGUCAAAUCGGUUCCGACGCUGAGAAGCCCAAGAUCGAAUCCGUUGCGGAAAGAAAAGAAGACUCAAGAUCCGAUGGAUGCCAUCGCUCACCAUGA